AUGGUUGUAUCUGUUAAUUGUUUCAGGUUCUUUCAAUUGCCUCAAAAUUACGCUUCCGAAGAGUUAGCCGACGAUUUCCCACUCAACUGCGUCGUCAGGAUCGAAGACCAAUUAGUACAAUUACCGUCUAUCAUUCCGACUAAUAAGCCGAACGUUGAACCAAAACGACCAUCACGACCUGUUGAUAUUACACAAAAUUGUAUGAGUGCACGGGAUCCAACACGACCUCUACGAUUGAUGGUAGAAUGGACGGGUGACAAGAGAACCUGGGUGGUCGCCGUUUAUUUGGUAAGUGAAUUUAAUCAUUGGCAAGAAGAGCACGUUACUAGAGAUCUAAUUCGAGCUCGACUAAUUGGUUCAAGCGACGAUGACAUCGCCAUGGCACAGUUGAAGAUUAGCUUACUAUGUCCGCUUUCACGGACGCGAAUAACACUUCCGGGUCGCUGCAAGAAUUGUUCCCAUCUUCAGUGUUUCGACUUGUUUAACUAUCUACUGAUGAAUGAAAAACGACCAACAUGGCGUUGUCCAGUCUGCAGUGAUUGGGCGCCAUUUAAGAACAUCAUUAUUGACGGGUAUUUCAAAACUAUUUUGGCUAGCGUGGAUAAGGAAGCUGUCGAAGUUGAGCUAUUGGUCGAUGGAUCAUAUCGAACAGUGAAGUCUGAGUGUAUAGAUGUAGAUGAUGACGACAUACCUUCGAUGUCAGCUGUAAAUAGCACAAUGAAAUCGAAUGUGCUGUCGAACCACAACCCAAGUAGUAGUAAAACAAAAACAAAUGUCGACGAUAUCAUAGUUCUUUCGGAUUCUGAUGAUGAUGAAGAACAGCAAGUCGAUCAAGCAAUACGUAGGUCUUUGACCGAGACAGGACCCAUGGGAAUAACGUCAUCUCCGCGUUCACGCGAUAGUUCAAUCAUUAUACUUGAUGAUGAAAGUCCUCCAGUUCCGACAACAACUUCGAUUCAGAAUACGGUGAGGACUGGUGGUUCUUUAACUUCAAUCCUGUUCUUCAGACGGGGAGCUGUUCCUCAUCGUCACUGCCGUCUGUUCUUCCCUCACCAAACACGUCAUCUAUUGUCGGGCUUAAUUAGAUGGAAAUAUAUUGGUGCAGAUCACGAAAAGCGAAGCCACAGAUAUCGUUACCCACUCAUGAGAAAGUCUAUGGACUUAAUGUCUGGUUAUAGAGGAGCAUUGCCUACCUUUCUUCAUCUAAUUUUGUUUUACAUUUGA